UGGACGAACGGCAACUGGAGAACUUUUAGUAACAUCCUCACAUACCCAAUCCACAACAGACAAUGACGGAGAUGCCUUGGCGUUCAUUGUGGGGAUGGUAGAAAGCAUCGACGUUGAACCGGUCCGCGGGGAUAUCAGAGAGGGCACUUCUGCCCUCGGCCAUCAUGUCCCACAGCUUCUUGGGGUUCUCAGCAUCGCCGGGGAAGCGGCCGGAAAUGCCCACGAUGGCGAUCGGGAGGACAGCCUCGUCGGGAGUCGAUGGAACAGGGCAGAUCCCGGACGACUACCGAGGACACCCAGCAUUUGAAGCCAAACACAUAGAAGGGUUGCCAGAGCAUAGUCCAUAGGACCAUGAGAUCAAGCUCAAGGAAGGUGCCCAGUUGAAGUUCUUCAAGGUGUACCACACCAACGAGAAGCAAGACGCGGAGCCCAAAAGGUACCUCAAGGAGAAUCUCAAGAGAGGAUACAUCCGACAAUCAACAUCACCGGCGGGCUACCCGGUCCUGUUUGUUCCUAAAAAGGACGGGAAGCUUCGCAUAUGCGUGGACUACCGACAGCUGAACGAUCACACAGUCAAGAACCGGUACCCCUUGCCCUUGAUCUCCAAACUC